AUGUCACAUUCCUUCUUCCAUUUCCUCCUAAUCUCUGUUUUUCUCUACACCAAUUGCAUGGCGCUUCGCCACUACACAUUCACGGUUAAGGAGGUUCCAUACACGAAACUGUGUAGCACGAAGAAGAUUUUGACCGUUAAUGGUCAGUUUCCUGGACCAAUACUAAAGGCUUACAAAGGAGACACCAUUUACGUUAACGUUCGUAACCGAGCUAGUGAAAAUAUCACAAUGCAUUGGCAUGGUGUAGAGCAGCCGAGGAACCCGUGGUCAGAUGGACCCGAAUACAUCACACAAUGCCCGAUCCGACCCGGGUCGGAUUUUACGUACAAAGUCAUAUUUUCCAUCGAAGACACGACUGUUUGGUGGCACGCGCAUAGCUCUUGGACACGUGCCACCGUACACGGUCUUAUUUUCAUAUAUCCUCGUCUUCCAAAAGCCCUCCCUUUUCCAAAGUCGGACCACGAAGUCCCUUUAGUUCUUGGAGAGUGGUGGAAGCAGGAUGUGAGAGAGGUAGUGGAGGAGUUCAUUAGGUCCGGAGCUGCUCCUAAUGAGUCCGAUGCUUUGACCAUCAAUGGACAUCCUGGUUUCCUCUAUCCUUGCUCUAAAUCAGAUACAUACGAGCUCGCCGUAGAGAAGGGGAAAACCUACCGUAUUCGGAUGGUAAACGCUGCAAUGAACAUAAUUCUCUUCUUCGCAAUCGCAAAACACAACGUCACCGUAGUCUCCGCCGAUGGCCACUACACCAAACCUUUCAGCGCUGCUUAUAUCACCAUAUCUCCUGGCCAAACGCUAGACGUGUUAUUACACGCCGACCAAAACCCAAAACGCACUUACUACAUGGCGGCCAGAGCUUACCAAAGCAACCUAGACAUAGGAUUCAACAACUCCACCACUAUCGCUGUCUUACGUUACAUCUCUUCAAACAACGACACCAAGACGUCAACGUCCUCAUCGUCUUCAAAACGUUACCCAAAGCUUCCUCCUUACAAUGACACGUCAGCAGCUUUCAAAUUCUUUAGCAGUAUCAGAAGCUUAUACUCCGGACUAGUCCCCGCCAGAAUCACGCGUAAGAUCUUCACGACGGUUUCGAUCAAUCUUCUCCCGUGUCCUAAUAACUCGUGUGAAGGUCCAAACGGGUCGAGAUUAGCGUCGAGUAUGAGCAACAUAUCGUUCGUCACGCCGAGCCACGUGGACAUACUCAAAGCUUACUACUAUCACAUCAGGGGGGUUUACGGAACGCGGUUCCCGGACUUUCCACCGCUGGUUUUCAAUUACACCGCGGAGGAUCAGCCUUUGUUCUUGCUGACUCCGAGGCUGGCGACGGAGGUAAAGAUGCUUGAGUAUGGCGAAUCGGUUGAGAUGGUCAUUCAAGGGACGAGUUUGGUCGUUAAUGGACUCGAUCAUCCUAUGCAUCUUCAUGGUUUUAGCUUCUACGUGGUUGGUGCAGGGCUUGGGAACUUUAACGAAAGUGAAGAUCCGUCGACGUAUAAUCUCGACGAUCCUCCUUACAGAAACACGGCGACUGUACCAAGGAGCGGUUGGAUCACUAUCAGAUUCGUCGCUAACAAUCCCGGGGUUUGGUUCAUGCAUUGUCACUUUGAUAGACAUCAAACGUGGGGUAUGAAUGUUGUCUUAAUUGUCAAGAAUGGAAGAGGAAUUGAUCAGCAGAUUCUGCCUCCACCACCUGGUUUGCCCCCUUGUUAUUAA